AUGCAUCGCCGCAUCGUGCCCGUCGAGCCGGCUAGCGGCCGCGGCGAAAUCGUCGUCAUCGACGUGCAGCAACACGGCCCUCACCAACUCGAUGUCCGCCUGGUCGGAUGCGAAGGAGAGAGUCCGUAUGUGGUGAACAUCCAACAAAGCCAGCUUCCCACAUUCAAACACAACUUCAAGGGCACCAAUGCAGAGUGGGAGGCCGUCCUGGCCUACUUCUUGCUGCAGAAACAGCUGGCGCCGGACCAAGCCAAUUUAUUGAAGGGUGCACGUAUCAUCUACGCCUUGAACAAGGACGACCUCCACCUCUCGAUUCGGCAAGACGUCCAAGGCAUCAAGGUGACCUGGGGCGAGAUUGUCUUGCCCAGGGACGACGAGUUCGAAUUCAAUCCGUUCGAAUGGGCUCAGGCAUCAGCCCAAGCCCAUUCGCAGACACUGCGGGAGCUGGUCGAGCUAAAGGCGCGCAUCGACAGCGAAAGGGACACCAUCGCCGAGCUGCACGCUCAGCUGGAUGACUUUAUCAAAACGAAGAAUGAGGCUGAGACGGCUAUGCUGCAGCAGUUCAUGGAGUUGCUCAACGAGAAAAAGAGGAAGAUUCGAGACCAGAGCCGUCUCCUGGCUGGCGCCAAGGUCGACAAGUCUACAGCACUCGCCAUACAGUCUGCCAGGACGGAGACCCCGCGCAAAGCAGGUCCAUCACGCACCUCAAAGCGCAAAGCCCCUGCAAAAACAGCCAGAGCAGCACAAGAACAGAACUCUGAUGGUGACCAAAUGGAGAUCCAAGAGGCCAGACGCGAGGAGCAGGCUGACGACGAAGACGUCCCUCGACCUGCUACUCCCGAUCGUGGGUCUGAUGCUGAGACCGAGUCCGAGGACGAUGCUUCUGACAGCGGCCUAAGGAGCGGAUUGUUUGUGACGCCCAAGUCGACUUCAACCAUUGCACGGGCCACAAAAGAAGCUGCACCCUUACAUGACGGGCCGCCACCGCCGCGCGCUCUCCCUUUUGGCAGAGCGGGCACACAAAGCCAAGGCCCGGCGAGGAAAGCACGACCACCUCCGCCGCCGCCUGCGCAUGAUGAUGAUGAUGAUGAUGAUGAUGAUGAUGAUGAUGAUGAUGAGACGGACGAAGAAGAGUUGUAA